GCUGCCUCCCCUGAGCUCCCAGCGUCCUGAGAGGAGAGCCACAGACUCGAGCGCCCCCCCAUCCUCAUCCUGCUCCCUAACCAAGAAGCGAGACGACGGUGACCAGUCCCCAGAGCGCACUCCCACACCAUGGAUCUCCAGACCUUCGUGCUGAGGGUGACCAUCCACUGCCAUGGCUGCAAGAAGAAGGUCCGGAAGGUGCUCAAGAGCGUCGAAGGCGUGCAGGACGUGAAGGUGGAUGCCCAGCUGCACAAGGUGAUGGUGACCGGCACCGUGGACGCCGAGACGCUCAUCAAGCGGCUGCACAAGUCGGGCAAGCAGGCCCUGCCAUGGCAACACACGCCUGCCAAGAAUCCCGACCCUGCGCCGCCAGCCCCAGCCGACGCCCCCGCGCCGGCCGAGGACGGCAGCAAGGAUGCUGCUGUAGCGGAGAAGAAGCCGGCGGAGCCUGUGAAGGAGCCGCAGGCCGACAGCUCGGACAAGAAGCCGGAGCAGGAGACGGCCCCGGAGAAGAAGCCUGAGGCGGAGAAGGAAGCAGAAUCUGAGAAGAAGGCUGACAAGGAGGAGGAGGCGAAACCAAGCGACGAGGCAAAGCAAGACGGCGGCGAGGGCGAGCCCAAGGCAAAGGGCGCCGAGCCCGCGAGUGAGCCCGCUGCCGCCGCAAAGGAGGCCGGCGGCAAUGACGAGGCCGAGGCGAAGAAGAAACAGAGCAAGCCCAAGGACGCCGAUAGGUCCCUGUCCCAUGCGCCGAUGCACGCGCGCCACGAAUUCAACCCAUACGGCGCGCCGCAGCCGGUGAUGAGCUACAACAUGGCGCAGCCGAGAGCGAGCGUGUCCCACUACGCGCCGCGGCCGGAGCAGGGCUACUCGCUGCAGCAGCAGCAGGCCGGGUACUCCUCCUCCUCCAUGAUGCAGCACCCACCGGCGCCGGCGCAGCAGGCCUACUCCCAGCAGGCGCAGCCAAUGCAGCAAUGGUCGCCGUCCUACCUCUACAUGCCGUACCCGCACGCGUCGCCGGAGUCCUACUACCAGGACUACUACAGCCCGCCCGGGACGCACGCGGCGCCGCCACCCCUGCCGCCGCUCCAGGACUCGUACCGCCUGUUCGACGACGAGAACCCCAACUCGUGCAGCGUCAUGUGAUCGAUGGCGGCUCCGGCCACCGCCGGAAAAGUAGCCAGAGGCGGCCUCAUAAUCGUAUCGUAAUAGAGACCUCUCUGGUUGUAGGUAGAGACAGUAGCUUGUUACUCUCUUCGAUUGGGAGGUCAAAGCUCUCCUUGACCAAUCCUUUUUCUUUUUCUUCUUCUUCCUCUUUAAUUUCUUCUUCUAUUAUUGCUACUAUUACUGUUCUAAAUAGAGCAUGUAAUUGUAAUGAGAGAACCUUUACAUGUAGUAGUAGCAUCAAUGAGAUCUUCCACCCUACUAGUACCA